AUGACAAUUACCGCAACAGUUACCCAAGCAAAAGGUCUUUACUGCGAGGAAUCAUUGCACCCAAAAUACGCGCAUCUCUGGACCAUGUUUUUCAAUAUGGUUGCCGUAACCAUUGCAAUGUACUGCCUCAUUGCUUUUUACCUGGGAGUCAAAGAGAAACUAGCGCCCAACAAGCCCUUCUUCAAACUUCUCUGUAUCAAGCUGGUCAUCUUCUUCUCCUUCUGGCAGAUGAUUCUCCUUGACCUUCUCACCUCCGCCGGCGCAAUUAAAUCUUCAAAAUACAUGUCACUCGGCGAUAUAUCUGUGGGCUUCAACUCACUCCUCAUCUGUUUCGAAAUGAUAAUAUUUGCUAUCCUCCACCUGUUUGCAUUUACCUGGAAAGACUAUGAUAAGGGUCCAACAAACAUGACUCCUGUGAUGACUUCCCUCUUAGACGCUUUCAACCCAUGGGAUAUUGUCCGCGGCAUUGCCCGCGGUACUCGUUGGCUUAUUUGUGGCAUUGGUCGCCGCGAACGCGAUCAUGAGAAGAUCCGGAAGCGCCUGGAGCUAGAAGAAGAGGCAUCUGGUCUUGUCGGUGCCGCCGCUUCUUUCGCCGGUGCAGGCAACUACACCCCCCCGCCACCACCACAGCCUACGGGACCAGACGCACUACCUGUUCAUCCGGCGCCUCAGAAAUCACAGCAACUUAAGGUACAGACAGCAGGCUAUGGUGGAUACUCUCCUGAGCCGGUGGAAAUGCACAACUCGCCGGCAAGAUCACCCGCGAGUUACUCGCAGCAGGUGGCGGUAUCAGGGUAUGGUAAUGCGUUGGCCUCGCCACAUGAAUGGCAUGGAAGGUAUCGGGACCAGAGCCCAUCGCCCGUGGAGUUGAGUUAUCCCACAACAAAUUAUAUGCCGAGUGCGACAGCGCAUCAGCUCCAAGGGAGCCCAGUGUAUCUGCACAGUCCGAAUGAUAGUGCUGGGGUAGGGCUGCUGCCAAUAGUGGGUGGGCAGAGUCCAAGGCCGAGUUAUAAGCCAUAUGAGCAGCAGGGCGGGGGCCAACAAGGCGGUGGGGACUACCACCAACCAUUUUAG